CAACGCAAUGAGUAUCUUGCUCUGCACGAAUGAUGACACCUUCGGGCCAGGUGUCCGAGGGUGUAGAGGCGAUUUUGAUUUCACUCAGGUGUUUGAAAAAAUCAUAUUAUCAAUCCUGCCUAGCACCUGCUUCGCGAUACUUGCGGGCCUUCGCCUGACGACCAUCUCGCGGCGACCGCGCAUCAUCGACAAUACCAUACUUCAGAAUGUUAAAGUCGUUCUGCUAACUGGCUUUUCCGCUACACAGAUUUCGAUUCUGGCGGUUCUAGCCAAGAGCACCGUGGUUACAGCUCAUUCGCUGUCACUGGCAGCCGCUGGUGUUGGUCUGUUUGCUUCGCUCUUCAGCAUAUGGCUCUCUUGUUUAGAACACUCCCGUUCGCUACAUCUUUCGAGACUUUUGGAGUCUUACCUAUUUUUGACCUUGCUGCUCGAUAUUGUACAAUGUCGUACACUGUGGCUCUCGCACCAAACCACCCUUGCGAAAAUAUUCACAGCAUCCGUGGCAAUCAAGGCCAUCAAUUUCUGUUUGGAGGUCACGCCAAAGUCAGGAUCAACGCGAAGAGGUGGAGAGCAACGCAGCCCAGAGGAAGCGAUUGGAAUCAUUAGCCUUGGCACCUAUUCGUGGCUCAUUUCGCUGCUCGUUCGUGGAUAUCGUGGAAUCAUCGCUAUCGAUGACUUGUGUCCCCUCAACACAAGCUUGGGGGCCAAUAACCUCUACAAUAACCUAACGUUGAAAUGGGGACCUCAAGGCUCUCUAAAACGAUCACAGUAUGGACUUGUCAAAGACGUUACCCGGGCUCUCUUGGGUCCAUUCCUGUAUCCUGUUGUACCGCGCUUAGCUUUAGUCGGAUUCAAGCUCUGCCAACCUCUCUUUAUUCAAAGUAUGUUGGACUAUUUGGCGACGGCAGAAGAAGACCGUGACAGAAACCACGGAUACGGCCUCAUCGGCGCUGCUUUUCUCAUCUAUACGGGCAUCGCUAUCUCGUCUGGGAUAUAUCAGUACUACAACCAACAGUUCGUGUACAUGCUUCGCUCCUCUCUCCACACCGCGAUCUUUCGAAAAACCACCCAGAUGAGCCAAGAGAUGACCGAUGACUCAGCAGCAAUCACCCUCAUGAGCACCGACCUUGACCGCAUCGUGCAAGGCGUGCGGAUGAUCCAUGAAAUAUGGGCCAUCCUUGCGCAGGUAGGCCUCGGUUGCUGGCUGCUCUACGGUCAGCUUGGAGUGGCUUUUAUCUCCCCCAUCAUUGUGAUCGCCGUCUGCUCUGUAUUAUUGAUGGCAGUGACGAGGCUUGUUGACAAGCGCCUAGUGGCUUGGAUGGCAAAGAUUCAGAAUAGAGUCGGCAUCACUGCGGCCGCAAUUUCGCAGAUGAAGUCGUACAAGAUCUCAGGACUAGCUGAAAUCGUCGGCACCACCAUACAGAGUCUUCGGGAAACAGAGAUUCGUGUCGGUCUGAAGUUCCGAUGGCUUGUAAUUUGCACCAUCACACUCGGCGCGGUGCCUUCGGUUUUUUCACCAGUGAUAGCUUUUGCUGCUACAUCGAAUUCGAUACUGAAUGUAUCAACCAUCUUUACAUCCUAUGGUUAUAUUCUUCUCGUUACGGCCCCCUUCACCAUCAUAUUCAAUUGCUUUCCAUCGGUACUGGCGGCAUUAACCUGCAUGCAACGUAUCCAGAAGUUUCUUGAUUCAGAUCCGAGGAUUGAUUUCCGCUGUUGGAUAUCUGAAGCUGGCAGCGCUAGCAAUCAGGUAAAGGAGGUGGCCAAGAACCCACCAAACGCACAAGAAGAUGGGUUGGCUUUCAAGAUCGAGCGUGGGAGUUUUGGAUGGUCCCCAGGCCGCCCAGUCUUGGCAAAUAUAACUUGCGACAUUCCGGCAAAGAGCUUGACAAUCAUCAUUGGGCAGGUUGCUUCGGGCAAGUCAACAUUAUGCAGGGCUCUACUUGGGGAGGUGCCUAUCUACUCUGGCAAAGUGUCUGUCUUCUUUCCUCACAACAGCAGCCUUGGUUACUGCCAGCAGGAACCUUUCCUCUACAAAGACACCUUGAAAAACAAUAUUGUCGGCCGCUCAAAGUUUAGUCAGGAGAGGUUUGAUGAGGUCGUUGCAGCGACGUUACUCAACGCUGACAUCAGUACCUUCCCACGAAGAAGCAACACCAUGAUGGGAAGCAGCGGCUCUACUCUUAGUGGUGGCCAGAAACAACGUGUGGCGAUUGCCAGAGCGCUUUACUCUGGUGCAAAGGUGCUUGUAUUCGAUGAUGCGCUGAGCGGACUCGAUGCUAGUACAGCUUCUAUGCUGUUCCAGCGCGUCUUCGGACCAGACGGUUUUAUCAAACGUAAUGGAGUUACUGCAGUACUAUGUACCCACUCGAUCGGUUAUCUACCAGCAGCGGACCAUGUUAUUGUCCUCACAAACAACGGGACUAAGGCCGAGCAGGGAUCGUUCGGGAAGCUACGUGAAAGUAGCGAGUACGUUAAAAAACUAGACAUCAAAGUCGACGUUAAGCAGUCCCAAGAAGCAUCUGCGUUAGAUACAACGCGGGUGGACAAUAAAAAUGCGAGCGCACGGAGUUCUUUGAAGCCUUCAUUGAACGACUCAUCUCGUGCACUAGGCGACUGGACCGUGUACAAGCAUUGGUUCAAGAAUGUUCGCCCACUCUCAACAGCCUCUCUACUUCUUUUCGCAAUGAUCCAUGGUUUCAGCUCCAAUUUCGCCACAGUUUGGUUGAGCUAUUGGUCUCAGGAUACAUUUAACCGCGAAGCAAGUUUCUAUGUUGGAAUUUACGCACUGCUUCAGGCCAUGUUCAUCAUCUCCUGGGUCGCCAGCGCCAUUGAGAUCUUCAUCUCGAUGACAGCUUUUGCGGGGAGCGCCUUGCAUAAGCAAGCCUUAACCACUCUGAUCACGGCUCCUUUGCGGUUCCUUACUUCUACAGAUAUAGGAGUUACAAUCAACCAUUUCUCCCAGGAUCUAACUUUGAUCGAUGGAGAGCUGCUGUUUGCUUUCUUCUUUGUUGCACUAAACUCGACGGAGGCUCUUGGAAUGCUCAUCGUUAUUGCAACGGCCGCGCCGUUUCUUGCAGUGGGAUUCCCAGUCUUGCUUGCAGUGCUGUACUUCGUACAGCGCUUCUACCUCCGAACGUCCAGGCAGCUUCGACUCCUUGAUCUAGAAGCUAAAAGCCCCUUAUACACGCAUUUCCUCGACACUAUGAGGGGUAUUGCAACUGUGCGUGCCUUUGGAUGGGUAGCCCAUGGCAUUGAAUACAACGACAAGCUACUUGACAAUUCGCUACAGCCAGCGUAUCUGCUAGCGGCGAUGCAACAGUGGCUUCGCGUCGUCAUGCAGCUUCUUGUUGCUGGUUUAGCGCUGGUGAUUGUCUCGCUGGCUACACAGUUGAAUUCCAAUGUCGGCCGAACCGGAACAAGCCUGGUUACCCUCCUGUCAUUUGGCAAUUCGCUUGCAGAGCUUGUGCAAAGCUAUACGGAUCUGGAGACAUGUAUCGGGGCUGUCAGCCGAUUGAAGACGUUCACCACUUCCGUGAAACCCGAAGACCGACCAACUGAAGACAUGGAGCCUCCCGAGACUUGGCCUUCGAGUGGAGCCAUCGAAUUAAGGAAUGUAUCUGCUUCAUACAAGCUUCCGGCAGAUGACGUGAACCGGAAUGCCCAUUCAGGCUUACCCCAGUCUUCGCUGGAUUUGGUAAUUCGCGACCUGAGCCUGAACGUUCCACCAGGCCAGAAACUGGCUGUCUGUGGUCGCACUGGCAGUGGAAAAUCUACUCUUAUGCUUUUGUUGCUGCGUCUCCUCGACCCGCUCAACGAUGCGGAGGAGACGAUGGUAAUAGAUCAUGUACCAAUUUGUCGCGUCAAGCGUGGGACUUUGAGAAAAAGGAUCAUAGCCUUAUCUCAGGGAGCUAGUCUCUUACCUGAUGGAUGCACCAUCAAACUCGGUAUUGACCCCUUUGGGAAAGCUAAUGAAAACGAAUGCAUGUCUGCCCUUGAGAUGGUUGGUCUGGCGCAUUUUGCCGAGGACCGCGGUGGACUUGAAGCUUGCAUGGGGGUGGAUGACCUCAGCAUGGGCCAAAGGCAGCUUUUCUGUCUAGGCCGAGCCAUCGUACGGAAACUAGUGAAAGAUAGGAAAACACCAGGUGAGAAGACUGGAGGCAUCCUACUCCUGGAUGAGGUGAGCAGUAGCGUUGAUUACGACACCGACAGACGAAUCCACGAAAUCGUCAAGGCUGAAUUCAUAAACUAUACUGUCAUCGGCAUUUCUCAUCGCCUAGAAACGGUGGUGGAUUACUUUGACCGAGUGAUUGUACUCGACGGGGGGAGGUUGGUCGAGUCAGGCGUACCGCAGGAUUUGGCCACAACUCCAAGCACAUACUUUGGGGAGCUUUGGAAAAGUCAUAACAAAUAAGACUCCAUAUGCGAUACUGAGACAAGCUUGACACUAAUGGGAUCGG